AUGGUCAACAGUCUUCUAUCGAGUGCCUCCUCGCUCCGCCGAGCCCUGCUCACCACUCCCACCAAGAGCAGCCUCUCGACCAGGUCCAGCAUCCCCCUCCCCCGUCUUUCUUACCCUGCUCGAUCGGCACCCAGCUCCGUCCAGAAGAUGUCCGUCUCAACGAAGCCUUACAACCAGGGCUUGUACACCCCUCUGGCCGAAUACGAUCCCGAGGUCCAGAAGAUCAUCGAAGAUGAGACUUACCGUCAGUACUCCGGCUUGGAGCUCAUCGCUUCCGAAAAUCUGACUUCCCUGGCAGUCAUGCAAGCCAACGGCUCGAUCCUCACCAACAAAUACUCCGAAGGCUUGCCCGGUGCUCGAUACUACGGCGGAAACGAGCACAUCGACAAGCUGGAGAUUCUAUGCCAACAGCGGGCCUUGAAAGCCUUCAGAUUGGAUCCCAAAGUCUGGGGCGUCAAUGUCCAACCUUACUCUGGAUCGACUGCCAACUUUGCGACGUUCACCGCAUUAAUCGAGCCCCAGGACCGCAUCAUGGGUCUCGGCUUACCAGACGGAGGCCACUUGACCCACGGCUUCUACACCGCCAAACGGAAGAUCUCAGCCUCCUCGAUCUACUUCCAAUCCUUCCCAUACAACAUCAACCCGGAGAGCAAGCUGAUCGACUACGAGUACCUCGAGCAGACCGCCAAGGACUUCCUCGCCCGGGCCACGUCCGGAGACGGCCGCGGUAAAGAGCUCCUCGACCAGUUGCAUGCCGAUGUCGGCGUCUUCAGUCGCAGGUUCGGCCUCCCCGGCGUCGACGUUAAUUCGAUCAAAGAACCUGCCCAGCAAUCUUGA